UGCCAUUCAUAAUUGAGGUUAGUUGGGGGCACAUGCCUACUGAAUAAACAAUGAGAAACUUAACCCUGAAACCGGGGCUCAACAAUUCGAAGGCGCAAGACAUGGAUUAAGAAUCAUCUUUGUGACUUCCGUGGAUUUGUCAAAAUGAAAGACGCAGCAGUUCAUGUAUUGAUGUUUCCAUGGCUGGCGCAGGGCCACGUCUCUCCUUUUCUGGAGUUAUCAAAGAGACUUGCAGAUCACGGAUUGAAGGUCUCGUUUCUAUCGACUCCUCGCAAUAUUUCAAAGAUAAAGUCCUCGCUAGAUGAAAAGUGGGCAGGCAAAAUCGAUAUGGAGGAGCUGCCCCUGCCUUCUGUGGAGGGACUGCCUCCUGAAGCCGAAAACACGGCCGAUAUUCCCAUGGAAAUGGCAGAUCUGUUGAAGAUAGCUCUUGAUGGCCUCCAGAAACCCUUGGAGGACCUUCUGCAGCGGAUUCAACCGGACUAUAUAAUUCAUGAUUUUUCACAGCACUGGGCCGCCAAGUUUGGUAUUCCGGCCAUUUAUUUCUGCAUCUAUAGUGCCACGACCGCUGGUUACUUGAUAGUGCCAAGCAGAAACAAGCCCACGGAAACCACUGUAGAGGAUUUGAUCGCACCGCCGCUGGGUUAUCCAUCGUCUGUCAUAGCUUUCAGACGAUUUGAAGCGACCUCAAUCUCACCUGCGUAUAAUGGUCACGGUGGAGAAGAUGUGACAGAUGUAAGUCGGCUUUUCAAAUUUAUGGAGGCGUGUAAGCUUAUGCUCGUCAGAUCUUGCUUUGAAUUGGAGAGCAAGUAUAUUCGUUUUCUGGAGGUGGAGCACAAAAAGCGUGUCAUUCCUAUUGGUCUUCUUCUAUCGGAGACUUUCCCGGCGAGCGACCAGAACGAUUGUCUGAGAUGGCUGGACAAUUAUCCGCCGAGUUCUGUUGUUUACGUGUCUUUUGGGAGCGAGUGUUUUCUGUCAAAGGAGCAGGUUGCUGAGCUGGCAAAGGGGCUGGAGGAGAGCCAUGUCCCAUUUCUGUGGGUUCUGCGCUCCCCUCGCUACAACGACGAUUCCACGUCAUCAACAGAAGACACAGCUCGGGCUUUGCUGCCAGAGGGGUUCGAGGAACGCACGAGGGAGAGGGGUGUGGUGUACUGCAAGUGGGCACCGCAGCAGCAGAUUCUUUGCCAUCCUUCGACUGGGGGGUUUGUGAGCCACUGCGGGUGGAGCUCUGUGUUGGAAGCUGUGAAGUUCGGGGUGAAGAUAAUAGCGCUGCCGAUGCAUAUUAAUCAGGGACUCGAUGCCCGGCUAGUGGCGGAGGAACUCUGCAUUGGCGUGGAGGUUGGUAGGGAAGAAGAUGGGAGUUUCAGAGCGGAGGAAAUCAGGAAGUGUGUGAGGGAGAUUAUGGUGGGAGAAGAGGGACGGCGUGUGGCGGAGAAUAUGGAUAAGGUAAGAGAGAGGUUGUUUGGGGAGGAGGAAAUCCAAGAGACGUACAUACGCGAGUUUAUUAAGCACCUUCUCUAGUACUGAAGGUUUUCGAUAUUCUGGAUUAAUUCCAUGUUAUUUUCAGUAAAGGUCCCGAAAGCAGCCACAGCUUUGUUGUUAAUUCCGUAUUUGGUGUUUGUAAAAAAUAUAAUUGUAUAGUAUUUGUAUGU